AUGAUCUGGCUGGUAGACAAUGCUGUGAGAAAUUUGAAGGCUCUUUUUGCUGCUGGAAUUUUAUUUGCCAAGAGAAAGCUCCUGAAACUUUGCAAAAGGAUGAGUCAAUUAGAUGUAAGGAAACUGUUUUACAAGCAUACUAUAGCAGUUUAGCUGGGGAUUGAUGAACUUUGCACAAAUUCACACGAAAGUUGAAGUUGAAAGUUGAACAUGAAACAUGGAAAAACAAUGUCCUGGUAAUCAAAGUGGUCAGCACUAUAACCCUUGAUGUAAAAUAGCACCAGGUGUUUUUUUUUAAAGGUGAAAAAAAUUGAGCUUUAAACACUGAUGAAUAAUGAUCCUUAUUGUCCUGGGGGUUAUCUGAUUUUAUGUAUCAGUGAGAGUUUGAAUGGACAAAAGCACUUUUGGGCUGUGGUAAUUGAAACCUGUUGCAGGAUGCGAGUUCACUUUGUGAAAACGUCAAGAAUCAAUUGUGCAGGUAUAUUGUAAAUUGUGGCUAAAUAUUUUCUCAAUAUGUUUCAUUCAUCAAUAGGUCUUAUUGGCAGAUGGUCGCCAAAGUUGGGUGAAAAAUUGUAAUCUACCCUUGAGGAUAAAAGAUUCCUUAAAAAUGGUUGAUAGAUAUCACCAACAGCCAGUACGUAUUGAUGAAUUUGGGCAGCAACGCACAGAACUGAAGGAGUUUUCUAUAGCAUCAAGUUAGUGACGCGUGGGUUGGAGUGAAAACGUAAGACAUGAUUUGUGUUUCUUAAAUUGCUUCUGCAAAAAUAACUUGCCAAGUUUAACUAAUUUCAUGUCUAUCACUACAUUUGUAUUCAACUGCUGUAUUUGAAACAAAAAAAUUCAAAGAAACACCAACAUGUGUGCAGCAUUGAAAGUCGUAUGUAGUGUACUGUAGGUUAAGUGCACACCCUAGCUUUAAAAAACAGAUGUAAAGUUAUUGCCAUUUUUAAUUAUUUUUUGUCUAAUGUUGGAAUUAUUAAUAGUUUGUGAUAGAACUGGAUUUGCUGUAGAAAAUGAAAGAAGUGAAAAGGACAUUCUCCUUCCAUGUGGAAUGGAGAAAGGCAAACACAAGUGCAAAAACCACAGGACAGCAGGUACAUGAAGAAAGCACCUUGAUAGGUGAAGCUAUACAACAUUAUGAAUAUAGAGGUGUCAUUAUAACUGUAAAUUGAUGGGGGUAUGAAUAAAAUUGUUAUGCAAAAUAAUCAAACAAACUUUAUUUCUUACAGGUAUCCUGGCUAUCGCCAAACCCUGUUCUGUUGUUGUUGAUAUAAAAGAAUUAUAUGGGUCAGAGAGCAAGAACCAAGUGUAUGCACAUCUGCAUGAACUGCUGUCCAAGGAUGAAAUGACUGCCAUAGGUAGACAAACAUACAUAUAUCUUUUAUUAGGUUUGUUUAAAUCAGCAUAGUUACCAUUAUUACAGGUGAAUGGUAUGGAAGAACUUUUACUUAAAAACACUUCUUGAAAGUUAACAUUCAUCUGUGUGUCAACAGUGCUAUGAAAAUCAGUUGCUUCGGAAAAUUUAGGUUUAAAUCAUUUAGUUUGUUAGCUUGUUGUGUAUCCUUGGUUGCUUUAAAUAAUAUUAAUAUUAGCAAGUAAUUUAUUGUCGGCAAGCAUUGUUUGUUUGCCUUUUCAAAUUAGGAAUUUAAAGGAUAAAACGGAUAACUACGUAUCUACAUAUCCAGCUCUUUCAGGAAUAGAGAUUGGAAAUGGCGGAGUAUUCCGUGGUAAAGACGAAACAAAAAUCGGAAAAAACGUAGGGGUAAAGGCGAAAAAACUCUUAAAUCCCUGUUGUUAUGGCACACGCUACCCAAAGGAUCACAGGUUCCGUCCACAAAGCAUGAACAUUCACACAGGCAUGUCCCAUGCAAAACGACACGAGAAUAAGGAGUCCGAAAAAGAUCGGUGUCUCUCGUUGCUUCAUCCCUUUUCCCAAGAGUUUACAUGCCUAAAAGAAGGAAACAUGAAAUUAGUAAACAAUGAAUUACUGUUAAAAAAGGAGAUUUGUCUAAAUGCGUUUUUUUAGCUUACCUCCUGUAUAGAUAGAGGAAGGAGGUUCCAAUUGAUAUCAUGUUCAUGAAAAUCGUUAAGAUUUUAUCCAGAUGAUGAACAUGAUUAGCAGUCAUGUUGACCAAGCAAGAUUUCUACCCUGGCAGCAGAUACUGAGAAUGAUAUACCGAGCGCACGUGCAAACAGUAGAAUGACAAUCAAACAAAAGAUGCUGAGUGUGUAUUUUGUCCUUUGACUAUUUCAAUACCCUUCUUUACUACGGCAUUGCCAAUUGUUUAAUUGUGAAAACUAGAAGGUGGAUUAUAACACAAGGUAAAUGAAAGAUUUCACUGUUGUGUGUUUUGAGGAAGGGGAUAACGUCACAGGUAUACCCAUUUGGGACGAGAUAAUUUGGACCGGUCAAUGACAUGUGAAAAACAUUUGCAUUAACUUGAACGGUACAAACUGUACGCAUUGAUAUAAUAACACAAGAAUCGCAUUUGAAUGGCGAUACACACCACGCAUGCAUUCUUAGAAAUGGCAACUCUGGAUGAGUAUCACAGAAAGUUUCAUCAGAUUAGCAAACAAGAACUAUUGCCAAGCCAAGAGACUUGUUCGAAAGCAUCAAUGGUAAUGCGUUUUUCCUUUUAAUUUCCUUUAACCUGGACGGUACAAACCCUGCUGCAUUGAUAUUAAUAAAACAAAGAAUGUGUAAUAUUUUUAAACAAUAGAAAGGGCAGAACACAACAAUCACCGGUUUAAAAGAGGAUGCACACAGACGCUUGUAAGGCAUUCUGAGAAAUGGCAACUCUGAAUGAGUAUCGCGCAAGUUUUGUUUGCUCAGCAAACAAGAAGUUAUUGCAAAGCGUACAGAACUGUUUGAGACCAUAAAUGGUAAUGCAUUUUCCCUUUAAAGUCUUGGCCACAAGAAUACCAGAGGAUGUUCUGGGCCAAACCUAUUGGCGACAAGGAAACGUUUAAACUUAUGAUGUUUUGCUUGGGGAAUGGUUGUGCUCCGCAGCUGAUAACACAUCGGAUAAUCCUUUCCCAGAGUUGGCUACCAAUGAAGGCAGAAAAGCGUGCACAGCAAUUAGACUUUAUCCUGAACAAUGUCGAUGCCAAACGGAACACUUGGUUUUACUUUGACCUGGAUUACGGCAAAUGGCUUCACCUCAAUGGACUGCCCAGAGAUAAAUCCCGGUAA